AUGUUGAAGAACAGCUCCGGUUUAGCUACUCUCUGUUGGGCGUCCAUGGAGAAGCUGAGGAAGGUGGUGAACGAAAUCGCCUACACGCGAGACCACACUAAUUCCCCUGCACUUCACCGAUCUCUCGUUCCCUUUCUUAAAGUCGCUUCUUCUCUCUACGGAGUCGCUCUUCAAAUCCGCCGCUCUCUCUACCGCUCCUCCUUCUUCCAGCAACACCGAUUGCCAGUUCCGGUGAUCAGCGUUGGGAACCUGAGCUGGGGAGGGAAUGGGAAGACUCCAAUGGUGGAAUACGUUUCGCAAUUCCUCGUCGAUUCUGGAAUCUCACCGCUUAUUCUCACUCGUGGUUAUGCUGGUGGAGAUGAAGCCAAAAUGCUUGAAACACAUCUUCAAGGUGGACUGACAAAGAUUGGUGUUGGAGCAAACAGGGCAGCUACUGCUGCUUCGUUUUUCGAAAAGUAUGGCUCUGCAAAUCCUUCUUGUAUAAGGAAAUUUCUUGAUCAAUCUUUUCUUCAUGAAAGAGAAGAAGCCAAGACCAAUUCACAAAAACUUGGUUCUGUCAUUCUAGAUGAUGGGAUGCAGCACUGGAGUUUGUAUCGUGACCUUGAGAUUGUGAUGCUUAACGGGCUGGAUCCGUGGGGAAAUGGUAAUUUAGUUCCCCUUGGUCCAUUACGGGAGCCUCUUGCAGCGCUUGAGCGGGCAGAUAUUGCUGUAGUACACCAUGUGGACUUGAUAAGUGAACAAAGCCUUAGAGACAUUGAAAACACGAUACAUAGAUUCAAGAAGUCGAUCCCGAUUUUCUACUCCAAGAUGGUGCCCAAAUACUUGUUCGAUGUUAAAAAUGCUAGGUCACAUGUACCUUUGGAAGCACUAUCCGAUGCAAAUGUGCUAUGUGUUUCCGCAAUUGGAUCAGCUGAUGCAUUUGUCAAGAGCAUCAGGAUGACUGGAGCACAUUAUGUUCAUAGACUUGAUUUCAGUGAUCAUCAUUUAUUUGACGCACAGGAUGUCGAAAUUAUGAGGAGGAGAGCAAAGGGGCUAGAGAACAAAUCUAAUUCCAAACCUAUCAUUGUGGUAACCGAAAAGGAUUAUCAGAGAGACCCGGCGAUUCUCAAAUGUCUGGACUCAUACACAGUUUUGGUUCUAUGCUCUGAGUUGCAAAUGACUUCUUGCAAGGGAACUGAUGUGGAUGGCCUUAAAUCUACACUUGGGAGACUUCUGGCUUCUAAGUUUUGUGUUUCCAAUUAG